AUGGCUCCUCGAGUAGACCCUGUGGAUAUGGUAUAUCCUGAAGAUUCGGUAGAUUUUGUUGGUGCCGAAGGUGAAACUGUCACUAGAACUAGCUACACCACUUCUUCCUUCCUGCCAUUUGCUAAGGAGGUGAAGCGGCCACCAAAGCCGACAGGGACGGAUGACCUGCCUGCUGGGGAAUUCGACAAGCUGCAUACUCAUUCGGUUGUUAAAGCCAAGCAUUAUGCUUCUUCGGCCUCUUUAUUGUCGAGCAGAAUGUAUGAAACACAUUAUGAUGGUUGGGGAUUGCCUCCACUUGAAGUCUUCGAGAGCACCCUUAAUUCUCACCUGCAGGAGGGCAAAAGUGCGCUUGCUGCCUGGGCAGCCGAGUUUUACGCGUCCGAUGUAUUUGCCCAAUCUGUUGAAACUUCCCAGCACGUUGUUUGUGAGGCUCUAUGGGACAAAGCUGUUAAGACCUUUCCUGGGAUGAACCUGGUGUUGCGAAAUGCACGGCCCUUAAAGCUGGAGGAUGAAGUCUGGCAUCUGCCCCACGUACUGCAGGUCACAACGGUAGCGGCAGCUCUGAAGUGGGGUUUAUUGUUACAUGUUAAAGAUGCUGACACAAACCGGGAAUUUUCUCUGCAGAUCCCCAUGCUUCGUGAAGAUAUAAGCAAGAUAUGCGGUGUAGAUGAGUUUCUGGGAAAAGCUCGGGAGGCAUUUAAUAGAGAGCGCAGCGCAGAGAUACAAGCCUGUGGUAGCUUGCCUGCCGAACUCACAGGCUCACUGAAGGGUUUCGCCGUCUCAUUAUACACCGGUGAGAUCGCAGGUGUCUCCGGAGUAUGUUUCGCAAAAGGAAUGUAUGUCUUCAAUCGCCCAAAGCUACUGGACAAAGUACAGGGUAACCUUAGAGAUCUCAAGGUAAGAGCACCGUCUGUAGUAAGAAAAGCUCGGGAUUAUAUUGCUGCGCGUCUGCUGCACAUAGUGCUCAAACUUGAGCAGGCAGGCAUCGGCCACCUAGCACUUGACUGGGACUCUUUGUUUCUACGUCAAGACGGUGCGUUCCUGUUGGGAAACUUUGGCAGCAGCGCUCCCUUCGGAAGGCCAGUCACCAGCGAAUUGUCAAAUCUUUCUGACCAGCUGGAACCUGGCAUCUUGCUGGCGGGCGACGAUAUUGGCAUAUCUCCUACACAUGGAACCAACUUGUGGUCUCUUGGAGUCUUGCUUUUCCAGUUGUACACAGGCAAGGACAAUCCAUAUGGGAUAGCAGAGGGAACGUCCCGACGAAAUGCAGCAGUGCAUCUAGCGGAAGGGCUGCUGUCAAGAGAUGUACGCUCUCAUGUCCUGGUUCAUGAGCUGGCUGCCGCAGGUGUACCGUCAAGAUGGGCACAACUCAUUUUGCGGUUGUUAGAACCACGUAGCGCAAACAGAAUAAACGGCUUUGAGGUUACUAAGGAGUUCCCUGACCUUCUUAACCUUAUAUAUCAAUGA